UGCGCUCACGUCCCUCCCAUUCAGUCAACUCUGUACGAAGCGGGCAGUCAAGCGUUUUCAUAGCGCAAAUCCCCAUCACACGUCAGAGACGACAUCAUUAUUUAAGGUUGAAUCAAGUAGGGAAGAAAGUUUUGCGACAGACAGUGUUGCCAAGCAGCUCCUAGGUAGUGGACCUAGUUAUUUCGCACAGUUUAUCGCCCAGUUCUUACGGAUAUUAUUUUUAUAGAUCAGCUAUGCCCCACACCGUGACAUUGAAUGGACCCUCACCUUGGGGUUUUCGACUGGUCGGUGGAAGAGACUUCAGUACACCGUUAACUAUUUCGAGGGUGACACCGGGCAGUAAGGCAGCACAGGGGGACCUGUGUCCUGGAGACACCAUCCUGGUCAUCAAUGGGGACAGCACAGAGACCAUGACACACAUGGAGGCCCAGAACAGGAUCAAGGCCUGCAUGGGGGAGCUCACACUGGCCAUAAUCAGGUCAGGAGACAAAGUCUGGUCUCCAAAUGUUAUUGAAGAUGGCAAGACAAGUCCAUACAUGGCCACAUUGGAGACUGAGUCACCACAGAAUUUCCGACCCAUUAGCACUGGACCAAUGACCAGUGGUUACACCAGUGGUUACAGCAGCAGCUACAGCAAGGGGAACAACAGCAGCGGUUACAGCCGAAAACCCUCCUACACUCCCGAGCUGCCGCACCUCAACAACGGCACCUCCAAGCAGUCCAACCARGCGCAGUACAACAACCCAGCCAGCAUGUACGCACACAACAACGGCAGCAACGGAGACAGAGACAGGGUCUUGCCAAAACAAAUGGGCGGCCUGAGCCUGAGUUCCCCUCACAGCCCUGAGCCUCCGAUGCGUUCUCCAAUGGGCCGUAAUGGAAACGGUCAUAGUUUUGAAGUCACCACAGAGUCAGAUGUGUACAAGAUGCUGCAAGACACAGAGGAGCCAGUCUCCGCACCCAAACAAUCCGGCUCCUUCAAAUACCUACAAGGCAUAUUGGAGGCAGAGGAUGGAGGUGUGUCCCCCACUGACAUGUCUGGAGUGAGAGGCCUUAGGUCCCCGGACCGAUCCCCAGUCCCUAAACUGGGCAGCCCCAUCCCCGGCCACAUGGGCCCCAUGCCCGGCCUACAGAAACUCCCCCAGUGCACGCGCUGUGGCAACGGCAUAGUGGGAACCAUCGUGAAGGCCAGAGACAAACUGUACCACACAGAGUGCUUCAUGUGUGAUGACUGCGGCAUGAACCUCAAYCAGAGGGGCUACUUCUURAUCGAGGAGAACUUGUACUGUGAGACCCACGCRAUGGCCCGCGUACAGCCMCCMGAGGGWUAUGACGUGGUCGCCGUCUACCCCAACUCCAAGGUUGAACUGGUCUGAACGUGUCUGUCUCUCACACAGUCCCCCCUCAGACAUGUGCCUGCAGUCUUAUCCACAGCUCCCAGCCKGUAUAAAUGUGCUCCAUUUCCAAUGCACUACAUGUCCAAGCUGUUGCCAGGAAAUAUCAGUUUAGAGUUGGAUACUAGAGAGUGGGGAAAAUGGAGUUUCCAAAGGUUUUAAGUCUCUCUUUAAUUCUUUCACACUUACAGCAUACUAUUCCUAUUUCGGACGGAUUUUACACCUGCUGAGUAAAAAAAAUGAUGUUUUAUUCAACCUAUUUUACUAAAAUUGGGGGGCUUUUCUUUGUGUCAAUAGCACUUUUUUAGACUAUGUUGAAACAUAAGCAAUAUUCAACCGAAUGACCUCUCACAUCUUGGGAUGGUUUUCUAUUUUUAACUCUGCCGACUACAAUACAGUUAGCGGAAUGGAAUCGGGUCAAGCACCUGACUGAGAAUGGAAUUCACCUUUCACUGCUUCUCAUACUGUUACUGCUACAAUUAAAGAACCCCGGCUUUAUUACAUCUGUUGAAGUGCAACCCAGUGCCACACGAGAAAGCCUUUUGUCUCUCCACUGUAAGCAGCUUUUAAAAAGCUGUGGGGAGCAAAGACGCAGGACAAGGCCAUGGAAAAUAUUGAAAUCCAGCRGGUGAAUCUAGAAACAUAUGGGAAUAAUAUACAAUUGUUUAGUGUUUUUUUGGCACAUUUUGUUGAAAUAGACAGUGAUUGUUGGCUAAGGGAACGUAUUUGAAAGAGUGUGUCGUUUUUUCUUGUUUGAUUUUAAUAUAUAUUUAGUCACAGCCAGGCCACUGAAUGAAUCAUACUUCUACAUUUCCAGGGAGGUAUGGGAUUUACAGUACCAGUAAACCGUUUGGACACAUCUACUAAUUCCAGGGUUUUCUUUAUUUUUACUAUUUUCUACAUA